AUGCAUCGUUGUUGUUCCGAAGCACUGCAAGCUGGUCGGAAGCUCUGUCAAGAAGCAUUCAGAAAGCUUACAAACAAUGAUGAGGAAAUUUCCGAUUCAGAGGAGCAUGCCGCGUUCAAUCAGUCUGCUGAUCGCAUUCCGGAGUCGGUUGAUGAUGAAUCAUCAUCUGCCGUACGGCUUUCACGUCGAUCUUCCCUCCUUGUCGAUUUGAUUUCACUUUUUCAACGACCUUCUUCGAACAGUAUCAAACCGAUUCGUCUUCCUGGACAAUUAUCUGAAGCACAAGAUGAAAAUGAGGAGGAAGAAGAAGAAGAUCCUAAACAGAUGUCAAAAGGAUGGGUACUGGAAACGAUACGUCAAAAAAAGGAAGCAAUUAUCCGUUUGCGAAGUCAACCAUGGAGUAUGAAACGGAAAAAACGUACCUUAAAAGUAGCUCGACGACAUUUGAAACGUCAACAAUCGAAAGUAUCACGAUGGCAUUUGUAUAAAGUAGAAGCAACCAGACAAUGGACAGCAUUUGGACGAUGGUGCAGUAAUAUGAAAAUAUAUUUGAUACCAUGGGAAGCAAAAAUUAAAACAAUUGAAAGUCACUAUGGUUCCGUAGUCUCAUCAUAUUUUACAUUCUUACGAUGGAUUCUUAGUGUGAAUAUUACUAUGACUAUUAUAAUGAUGUUAUUCGUUACCAUUCCAGAGUGGUUGGCAGAUUCUCGAGGUGAUCCAGAACGAUUUAAUCGAACUUAUCAUAUCAAAGUUAUGAAAGAGAAAGAUCUGUCACGAGCGGAUGAGUUGAAUACCAUUCUCGAUUUUAAAGGUUAUUUUGAGUAUUCAUUGUUAUUUUAUGGUUACUAUAGCAGUGAGACCUAUUUUGGUGAUACGGUUCAAUACAGUGUGCCUGUUGCAUAUUUUAUUGUAAAUUUAUUCAUUCUCGGUUACAGUUUCUUCAUCAUUCUGCAAAAGAUGGCAUCAAAUGCUCGACAAAGUAAACUUACCGGUGGUAAAACGGAACAGUAUGUAUUUAAUUGGAAAUUAUUUGCCGGCUGGGAUUAUUCGAUCGGAAAUGCAGAAACUGCUUCCAACUUUGUGAUGGCUAAUGUCAAUAAAUUUCGAGAAAUAAUUGCCGAAUACAAUGUGAAUCGUACGAAAAAGUUCGAGUAA